UCAACAAAAGUGAAAUUUAUCGUAUGAAGUGCGUCUUAGACAAAGAUAUAAAUAUUAAAGAAGAACAAGAAGAAGGAGGAGGAGAGGAAGAAUAUGGUGAUGAUUAUGACAACGAUGGCAGUGAAAUAUUUAUUAUCGCUAUAAUGUUUCUAAUCGUGGUUUGCCUUGGAGUGUUAUCUGUGGUGUCUCUAAUUUUAACACUUGUUGCAUACAUCACAAUUCCUCAAUUACAUAAUUUACAAGGGAGAUUAAUUAUCAGUUACUUGUUAUCUCUUGCAAUGUUUUAUUCCGUUUUAUAUUACUCUUUAUUGAUCGAUGAUACUUCUCGUUGUUUAAAUUAUAUCUUGCAAUUUUCCUAUUUAUCAUUUUUCAGUUGGUUGCUUGUGCUUUGUAAAGAUAUCGGAGAUAUGGUGAAAAAUCCAUUGGAAUCCCGCCCCUUAGGGAAGCCAUAUUGGUGCAUAUACUUGAACUAUUCCCUCUUCGGCUGGGGAGUGCCGUUUCUCUUUACUGUCCUGACGGUGUCAGUAGGGGUUGUGCCGCACAAAUCCGACUCUUGUUACCAACAAGACCCUUGCUUCUUUGAUAUGGACAGGACGGAUUCCUUAUUCAUGGAAAUACCGAGUAUAGCUAUGGUGGAGAUAAACUUUAUCAUAUUCCUCUCCUUAGUGUGGAACUUGAGAAGCCACUUCAGACAGACCGAAGGAAUCAGCAGCCAACAUGCCAGGGAGAAUGUGGAGGGAUUCUUCCUUUACUUGAAGUUAGCUUUUGUCACUGGGCUGAACUGGUUCCUAUUUAUGUGCUUACUGAAAAUAACUAGUCUAAAAAACGAUAUUAACGCAUUCAUAAUGUUAUCUUUAUUUAAUUCUCAAGGGCUCGUUUUGUCUGCUUUAUUAAUUUGUAACAAAAAGGUUUGUAAGUCUUUGUGGAGCAAAUGUUGUUGCUAAUAAAAAAUGUACAUAAUCUUUA